ACAAUACGCAGAAUUAGUAAUAUUUUUUUCGCGCAUUUUCAAAAUUUAACAAAUAUCUAAGACUUUUGGAUUCAAGUUUUGUAACUUUGAGCAUCCAUAAGCCUUCCCUGUGGUCUUUUGAGGUCCACCCAUUUGGGGCCCAAUCGGCUCAGCCGUUUCGGCGUUUAUUGGAUACAAACGGACAGACAGACAGACUUGCAAAGUAUAUGUAAAGAUGUCAUAUGCUGAUGAAAGUUUUAAGCCCUUUUUGAUUUGUAACAUUUUUUAGCCCCAUGUUAUGGGGUCAAAUUAGAAUCAAAAGACUAAUAAAAUUUUCAUAAAGAACAAUCUAUAUUUCACAAACAAUCUAUUGCCCCGAAGAAUCAUGAAGAGAGGUUUGGAACAUGUCUGGACUCUGCCAACUGUAGUCCCAAGGCUGGAUCUUUUUCUGAACUCUGUCUUAGAAAAAACCAAGUUUGCUGUGUCGCUGAAUAUAAAUGUGGAUCUAUAACCUCUGAUCUAGUUUCUUACUUCCAGAACUUUGAGUUUCCUAGAAAUAUUGAGUCUGCCUCACUUUGCAGUCAUAUUGUCAAGAUUCAGCCUGGUAUCUGUAGUGCUCAACUAUACUUUGACUCAUUCUCUAUAGGAGAGCGUGAUCCUGGAGGUGUCUGCUCCCAUGACUGGUUUACUGUUAUUGGAUCAGCUGACCAGCAGCCGGCUCCACUACUUUGCGGCCAGAUGGAUUCAUACUCAAUGAUAGUUCCUGUAGUGGAAGAUCAAAAUCUCAUAAUUAGCGCUGGAAUUCAGAGUUUAGGUGGUAGAUGGAAUAUUGGUGUUAUUCAGUUACCUUGUAUCUCUCAAGUUUAUGAAGUAUCAGGGUUAAGUGAUUGCCUGGGUUCGAUACAAGCUACAAACAGACAAAGUCGUGGUUAUGUAGAAACUUUAUUCUCACAGCAAACCCAACGACAACAACCGUUCAAGAUAAACUUUAACGGCGCAGAAUAUAUUUAUCACAAGUCCUUCGGCCAGCUCCAUCCAGAAUAUUCAGCAAACCUUAGACAUCAGAAUCCAAGAGGGACAACCGAGCCACCUAAACUUAUAACAUGGGGCUCAGUGUCCCAGAUGAGAGACCUCGAAAGGAAAUCCAAUACCAGAGAACAAUGGAAAUCCAGCAAUAGCAGACUAUAUUCUAAAUAUAUUAUUCCACUAGUUAAAGGCGAUGAACAUGAGGAAAUUCGAGAGAUUGUUUCAAAUUUAAAAGAAAUGGAACCUGCACAAGAAGGGGAUCUAGAAGAAAACAAGAGAAGAACAAAUCUAUCCAAACAGAAAGUUGCGGAGAGAACCUUAAUGAGUAAAGGACGGAAGGGAAACGGAAACAAAAAGAGAAGAGAGGAAACUAAAAAGUGCGAUUGUAACAGAAAGGAACGACGACCGAGUACUUAUGAAAAUCUGCGUGGGUUUCCUAGCUCUGAAUUUCCUUGGAUUGUUGGAAUAAUGCAGAAUGGAUUUCUGAUGUGUACAGGCCACGUGGUUUCACAAACAUUCAUACUAACCUCAGCAUCUUGUAUUCUAUCCGGGAACACAGGACAGAUUCCAUAUAUUCAACACACUGAGGAUAAUUUCUCUGUCAAGAAAAUUAUCAUUCAUCAUGGUUGGGAUAGAUUAACUGGACUAAAUGAUUUUGCUCUGCUGGAGAUUACAUCUUUUAUAAAUUCGACCAUUUGUAUCAAAACCCAACAAGAUAAAGAAGCUGAUGAGGUGGAUGAGGUCCUGAUAGGUCAUUUUAACGCAAACCCUCGUAACUCUGUAGACACUGUUUACAAACAAUCAAUAACCGGUUCCUCGAGUCUAGAGGAGAAAAGGAUCUUAGCAAACUUUCUGGUUGGAGGAGGUGGUCUGGUGAGUAAAGUUGGAGAUAAAUAUGAACUACAGGCACAGAUUUAA